GGCAAACAACGUCUGCAAGUCCGGCUCCGAGUCAAAACACCAUACGCUCAGUCGCAUCAUCAAUGUCAAGUCAAGUAAACAGCAAGGAGGAAGAAGAAGUAGCACCCCUUCAACGGCCACCAUCUCCCCCUCUUCAUACAACAUUCGCUGCUCGCGGUCUACAUGCACAAAACUUUCCUGCGCAUAAACCGCGUGAUCUACGUAUACCCUCACCUCAAGCUAUAACCCAUGUAGCAUGGAGUUGCGAUGGGAAGCGUUUAGCUGGCGUUGGUAUCGACAAAAUCACUCGGAUCUGGACUCCAGAAACUAGCAUGGAAUCAAGAGCUGCAACCCACUUCUCUGGCGGUCAUUCCGAUGAUGUUGACUAUAUAUCAUGGAAUCCCACUCAUCCAGAGUUAUUUUGUACGUCGAGUCAGAAGGACAGAAGGAUUGUAUUUUGGGAUGCACGACAAAGUCGGCAUACGCAGCAAAUAAUUCUAAAAAUCUCACCCGUGCAGACAAAUUAUUCUCCAGACGGCCGGGCUUUGAUAUUUACUUCGGCCGGGCACCAGCUCUUUUUCUUAACAUACGGGAAAGAUGGUGAUGCACCAAAGGCGCAAUGGCAUCUCUCAGAUAAGGACGGGAGCAUUGUCGCAUCCACCGCCAUGUUCAAUCAUGUCGGCGAUGGUAUAAUUCUGACACAUCAUUCUGAGCAUAGCGUUCGGGUCAUGGACUACCCAACGCUCACCCUUAGAGAAAGCCCUGCCGCUCAUGUCGGAGGUUGUGUUGCAGUAGCACUCGAUCCCCGGGGGAGAUAUCUUGCAUCUGGUGGCUACGACUCAAUUGUCAACAUGUUCGAUCUGAGUGAAUGGAUAUGCGCUCGGACAAUCUCCACUUGCGAAAAUGCGAUCAAUGCAUUGAGCUUCUCGUACGAUGGAGAGUACCUCGCUAUUGCAAAUACAGGACCCUAUAUCGAUAUAUGUGCAACAGAGACGGGUGCCCCAUUGCAUCGUGUUCCUGCAUUGGCACCAUCACCUACAGUGACAUGGCAUCCCUCAAAAUACGUCUUUGCUUAUUGUGGGCAAACAAAGCUCCGGGAGGGUGGACCUCCUCCUGUGGCUAUUAUCAGCCUAUUUGGGGGUGGAAUUUGAUAGGCGAGCUUUGGGAUUAUUAUCACUCAUGUCGUUAAAUCGCCACACUUGUUCGAGUUCCUUCGAUUCUGUACGAAAAUUCGAUGGAUUGUGACAACUACAGGUUUGAAAGGUCCAUCAGCGUGUUCCAAAAAGUUGGCGUCUAAUGUAUCCUGUGGGCGCAAUGAUUUUCUUCUCCUGAAAAACUUGCGCCCGAUCGGACUACUUUCUGAUGGAUGGCCUUUGUAGUUGCACUAACUUUCACAAAUGGGGCGAGUGUCCUUGGUAAUUGUGACAGAACUAGUAGUCCAUCAAAGAUGCGGUGUUUCAGCGCUCGGUUAUAUAUCAGUUCGCAGUGCCUUUCGGGGUC